AUGUCUGUACAGUCGAACCCUUAUGCGCCCAGCCCGUUUGACCUGGUGUCAAAUGUUGACAAAUUUCAGUUGAUCGAGUCUACCCUCAGAGAGGGUGAGCAGUUUGCCAACGCUUUUUUCAGCACAGAGAAGAAGAUUGAGAUUGCCAAGGCGCUAGAUGACUUCGGUGUCGACUACAUUGAGCUGACCUCCCCCGUAGCGUCGGAGCAGAGCAGAAAGGAUUGCGAGGCCAUCUGCAAGCUCGGUUUGAAAGCCAAAAUCCUGACCCACAUCCGUUGUCAUAUGGACGACGCCAAGGUCGCUGUGGAGACUGGUGUCGACGGUGUCGACGUGGUUAUCGGCACCUCGCAGUUCCUCAGACAGUUUUCUCACGGCAAAGACAUGAACUACAUCUCCAAGAGCGCGGUCGAAGUGAUCGAGUUCGUCAAGUCCAAGGGCCUGGAGAUUCGUUUCUCGUCCGAGGAUUCUUUCAGAUCGGACAUCGUCGACCUGCUUAACAUUUACAAGACCGUGAGCGCUAUUGGUGUCAACAGAGUUGGUAUUGCGGACACCGUGGGUUGCGCCAACCCUAGACAGGUCUACGACUUGGUGCGUACUUUGAAGGCAGUUGUCUCGUGUGACAUCGAGUGCCAUUUCCACGACGACACCGGCUGCGCCAUCGGUAACGCGUACUCCGCGCUGGAGGCUGGUGCCAAGCUGAUCGACGUCUCUGUUUUGGGGAUCGGUGAAAGAAACGGUAUCACUCCCCUAGGUGGUCUGAUGGCUAGAAUGAUCGUCGCCGCCCCUGAGUACGUCAAGUCCAAGUACAAGUUGCAUAAGAUCAGAGACAUUGAGAACCUGGUCGCCGAGGCCGUGGAAGUCAACGUGCCUUUCAACAACCCUAUCACUGGGUUCUGUGCAUUCACCCAUAAGGCAGGCAUCCACGCCAAGGCUAUUCUGGCUAACCCAUCUACGUACGAGAUCUUGAACCCUCAAGACUUCGGUUUGAAGAGAUACAUUCACUUCGCAAACAGGCUGACAGGCUGGAACGCCAUUAAGUCGAGAGUCGAACAGCUCAACUUGCACUUGACAGAUGACCAGAUCAAGGACGUCACCCAAAAGAUCAAGAAGAUUGGUGACGUGAGACAGCUGAAUAUCGAGGAUGUAGAUUCCAUUAUCAAGGAGUUCCACUCGGAUCUUCAAUAG